GCUUUUAAGCGUGUCCGUUUCCGCAGCGCUUGCUCGGCGGAGCGGGAUGGGGACGUCGGUGCAGGUGACGCCGCUGUGCGGCGUCUACAGCGAGAGCCCACUCAGCUACCUCGUCACCGUCGAUGGCUUCAACUUCCUCAUGGAUUGCGGCUGGAACGAUCUCUUCGACCCCGCCAUCCUCCAGCCCCUCUCCAGGGUAUCCUCUAAAGUUGAUGCUGUUUUGUUAUCACAUCCAGACAUUCUUCACUUAGGUGCUUUGCCUUACGCUAUGAAACAACUUGGACUAUCUGCACCUGUUUAUGCAACAGAACCUGUUUACAGACUUGGUCUAUUAACGAUGUACGAUUACUACCUUUCUCGAAAGCAAAUCUCAGAUAAUGACUUGUUUACUUUGGAUGAUAUUGAUUCAGCUUUCCAAAAUGUUACAAGAUUGACAUACUCUCAAAAUCAUCAUCUUUCUGAAAAAGGGGAGGGGAUUGUUAUUGCGCCCAAUGUUGCUGGCCAUCUUCUUGGAGGCACAAUCUGGAAGAUAACAAAAGAUGGGGAGGAAGUGAUAUAUGCUGUUGAUUUUAACCAUCGUAAAGAACGGCUCCUAAAUGGCACGGUGUUAGAUUCUUUUGUACGGCCAGCUGUUCUAAUAACAGAUGCCUACAAUGCAUUGAACACUCAAGUUCCUAAACGUCAAAGGGAACAAGAAUUUUUAGAAACCAUCUUGAAAUCUUUGAGAGCUGAAGGAAAUGUAUUGCUUCCUGUUGAUACUGCUGGAAGAGCAUUGGAGCUUAUUUUAAUGCUGGAGCAGUACUGGGCAGAAAGGCAUCUAACUUUUCCUAUAUUUUUCCUGAGUAAUGUGGCUACGAGCACAAUCGAAUAUGUAAAGAGCUUCCUGGAGUGGAUGAGUGAUUCAAUAGCCAAGUCCUUUGAGCAUACACGAGAUAAUGCUUUCCUUUUAAGGAAUGUCACACUGAUAAUUAAUAAAAGCGAGCUAGAGAAAUUAUCUGAUGUUCCAAAGGUCGUUCUAGCAUCUAUGGCCAGUCUGGAGCUGGGAUUCUCACAUGAUUUGUUUGUUGAAUGGGCAUCUGAAGCAAAGAACCUAGUUCUUUUUAGUGAAAAAGGCCAGUUUGGAACAUUGUCCCGCAUGCUUCAAGCGGAUCCACCACCUAAGGCUGUAAAGGUUACUAUGAGCAAGAGAGUUCCUUUAGUUGGAGAUGAGUUACAGGCAUAUGAAGAGGAGCAAAAUCGUUUGAAGAGAGAAGCUGCUCUGAAAGCUAACAUUGUCAAGGAAGAGGAACUCAAGGCAUCUCGUUCUUCAGAAAAUAAUGUUCCUGAACCAAUGGCAAUUGAUUCAGGUUCUUCUCAUGCUCCAUCUGAUGGUGCUAGCUCACGCUUCUUUGGGUAUCGAGACAUUGUAAUUGACGGAUUUGUUCCUCCAGCAACAGGUGUUGCUCCAAUGUUCCCCUUUUUUGACAACUCAGCUGAAUGGGAUGACUUUGGUGAAGUUAUUAAUCCUAAUGAUUAUAUCAUAAAGGAAGAUGAUAUGGAUCAAGCCAUGCAUGGUACUGGGGUUGAUCUGGACAAUAAACUUGAUGAAGGAUCAACACACUUGCUUCUUGAUGCAACACCAUCUAAAGUUGUUUCAAAUGAACUGACAGUUCAAGUCAAGUGUGCAUUGGCUUUUAUGGACUUUGAAGGGCGAUCUGAUGGACGUUCAAUUAAAUCAAUCAUAUCGCAUGUUGCUCCUCUGAAACUUGUUCUGAUUCAUGGAUCAGCAGAAGCUACUGAACAUUUGAAACAGUAUUGUUCGAAGCAAUUUUAUCCACAUAUUUAUGCACCACAGAUUGAAGAAACAAUUGAUGUGACUUCUGAUUUAUGCGCUUACAAGGUCCAACUUACUGAGAAGUUAAUGAGCAAUGUUAUCUUUUAA